CGAGAGGCCGCGGCGCGGGGGAGAAGAUGGCGCUGUGAUUUUGCCCCUGGGCUAAGCAUGGGUGGGCAGGAGCGGCUCUUUCCACAAUGCUGCAGCGGGAAAGGCCUCACGGUGUGGGGCGCGGCCCGCAGUCACCCUUCAACACGCGGGAGCUGUAUUUCUUAAAGCUUUGCUGCUCUCUGCCUGACGGGUGGCUCGACCUUGGGCUGUGCGUGCGCGUUUCCUCAGUUAAACAUUAACCUGCUUUAGUACUAAGCUGUGAACGUGCUACACCGCGCAGGCUGCGAGGAGGCAGCAACCGUACCUACCGAUAGCUGAUAGCGAAGCUCGUGGCCUGAGGUGCGGUACUUUACAGGUGGAGGUAUGAAAAAAAUUUACCUUGCUCCCUGUGCCAAGUUCCUAUGCUCUGCCUUAGUAAGAGAAUUGCCGGUCUCUACUGCAGCUGCGAUGCUCAUGCUCUCUUAAUGCCUGAGCACAAUCCCCAAGUGGCAUCACCAGUGCUGUAGAAAUCACAUUUCUGACGAUAACUGAUUUCUUCUGUUACUCAGUUACAGCUUGCAGGAGUUACCAUUGAAGAGUUUGUUCAACAAAGCCAGGCAAAAUAAAUGGUUAAGAGAAAAAGCUUUUUAAGCCCAAAGAGGGAGAAGUGAAUGCAAAAGGUGUGGAAGCUUCACACGUAUAGAAACGUGGUCCAUGCUACAUAAACAACUGCUUUCAUUUAUGGGACACGAAUGGACUUGCACAUUAAAUACUUGAGUUCUGGUAUGUGUAGGUGUGGCUGUGAAAGGAGCAGGAAAGAGGCAAAGUUCCACAGCUUCAGGAGAGCUGUAUAUUCGUUUUAUUUUUUUAAUAUAUAUAAACCCUGCCUGCAAGAAACACCUGAAACAACAAGAGUCUGAAUUUUUUGGCUACUUGUGAAGUCAGAAGAGUUUGACAUGAGUCUGCCAUGAACCAAAGAAGACAUGAAGGGACAGAAAAUACCAUCUCUUCUCAUCUAUUUAUUUCACAUAGGUGCUACACUUUGGGGUUUUACAGAACAGGAAACAGUAACGGGGCUGUUUUCCAAGGAUUGCAUCCUCCCUUGUCCUUUCCCAGCUGGGGAUGAUGAAGUAAUUUAUUGGAAGAAAGGGGAAAAAAACGUGCACAGCUACUACUACCAGAGGGAUCAGCUGGAAAGGCAAGACUCAUAUUACAGACACAGAACACACCUUUUCCACGAGAACAUUCCUAGUGGAAACGCCUCCUUGGAACUUAGUAACCUGACCUUGACUGAUGAGGGCCCUUAUAAUUGCUAUGUGGGAACAAGGCAAACUAAAACAGAAGUGGAAGUCAUGCUGCAUGUAAGAGUUUCCUCUUAUUAUGCACUGGAAUACCAAAAGACAGACACAGAAAGGAUGCUGAAGUGCUAUGCCUUUCUCGCUUACCCAGCACCACAUAUAUCUUGGGUACAAGGCAAUACAUCCAUCCAAGAAACAUAUCAGGAGGAAACCAGGGAUGGAGUUCUCUAUUCUCUUAGAAGUGAUCAGAACAUUAUAAACACAGCUGAUCCUUACUACUGUCAUAUUCAUCUCCCUCAUGAAGACUGGGCUGCUGAAUGGAAGAUGCGAGACCAGCUGUCUAACAUGGAAGGAAGUAGCACUGUAAUUCCUUGUGAAUAUAGCAAUAACACUGCAAACACUGAAGGUUUCAGCGUUGUCUGGACAUUAAACAGAAAUGCAGUGAUUUCAGUCCUGGCCUCCUUCAAUGGUACAUCUCACUCUUACCAGCCUCGAGUCCAGAUUAACCAAAAUGACUUUUCACUGAUGUUGCGUGAUCUUACUGCAAACGACAGUGGAGAAUAUCUGUGUAACAUUUCAACACCUCACUACACAAAGCUUACUGUGAGAACUUUGCAAGUUGAAAAUGCAGGUAAUACUGGGAAAAUUGUGCUAGGCGUGAUCGCUGCAGUGGUGGGAGCAGGAGGCUGUUUCUUGCUCUGGUUCAAGAAAUGCAGAAGAAGAAGAAGAAGAGAAGGAUUCAUAUGAGCACCUUGACAUACCGGAAGAAAAUCCCUCUCUGCACACACAGAUGCUACUGAGAUUGCUGCUGAAAAGAACAAAGAGUUCCUUCACCUUCCCCAUUGAGUUAUACUAAGAGCCACAUGGAAAUGUGAUUAUCUGAGCAACAGUAACAAACAACUGAACUGGUAGGAGGAAAAAAAAAAAAAAAUCAAUUGACACUUGUAUGUGAGGAGUCGGCAUGAAAAAUUGGAACUUGGUUGUCCUAAAGGGACAAUGAAAAAGUUUCCACAGAAGAUUCAGUUUUGAGGGAUUUUUUUUUUUUUUUUUUUCAGUAUGAGGGAAAGAGGAGGCUUACUGUCUUGCACUUAAUUUAGUAUUUUAAUUUCAAGCAAAGACAACUUCCCUGUUUAAAAGUGGAAAAGAUCUAAAAGAACACCGUAUUUCUGAGCCACGGGCAGUCCUGAUGGGACAUGUCCCUCCACAGCAUCUCCUAUGUCUCUCCUGCAGCAAAAGUCUUUUGGCUUGUAGUAGUGGAAGCUUCUGAACUGACUGUUCAUGUGAAAAAGUUUACUUUCUGCUUUCCUACAAAACUCAUACAGACUGACUGGCAGGACAGAUGGAAGCUGGGUUAUCCCAGCUUUAAGGGCUGUCCCCCUGCACAGGUUUAAUCUGUGCUGCUUUAACAAUCUGCACAUGAAAUACAUGAGACUGUGAAGCAUGACUGGAUUUGCCCUUGGUUUUGAUUUUGUCAGAGAUCUGCCAAUUAGGAUUUGUUCCAAUAUAAUGAAGUGGGCUGUUGGCAAGAUGUAAUCUUUUAUUGAUCCCUGAGGCUUGGCAAAAAGAAAAAAGAAAUGAAUGGAAUACACUAUACAGUCUCUUUGGAUUUUCACUUGAUGUUUAUUUCUGUAAGUGCUUAUUUUUUUCUACAUCUGCUUUCAGUUGUGCCUGAUUAUAUCAAGCAUCUUCUCAUAUGUGUCAGCUUCAGCUGUACUUAUUCCUCUUCAUGAACCUGAAAUGCAAUUGAGAUAGUAUACAACUGUUAAAAAUGUUGUGUUGGUGUUGGGGAGGUUUUAGAGUAAGUUCACAAGCAAAUGACAAAAGCUUCUCCUCCCUGGUAUUACCAGUUUGUAUCUGAAAUAGACUAGCACCGAUCUAGCCAACCUUUGCCAUCUUACUUUAACAAUACAGGUUUCUUGUCCUCAUGCUAGAGCAUAUAUCCCUUUGAUAGCAGAUGACUUCUAUACAAUUCUGUUUCAACAGAUGGUGGUGUUCUGAAUCACACACACUUCCCAGAGUUUCCAGGAACAUGGGUGCUGGUAGCAGUAGUCAAGGUAUUUCUAAUGCUACAUGAUUAAAGUAGUCUCUCCAGUGCCUUUCUCUCCCCAAAGGAGAUGGGUCAUGAUUUUUGGGACAGCACUCGCUGCCUGAACAUGUUUCCUGGCAGCUACUGCCAUUACUGCCACAAGUCCCUUUUUGUGGAGAUGACACCUCUGCGUGUACCGUUGAGCUCAUCUUUUGACAGUGCACUACUGUGCUGUGAACCAGAGCUGGAAUAGGUGUUAGCAAACUAGCAUCUGACUAAUAAAAAAAGGCAUCCACUUUUCUAUGACUGUUGCAUAUUUAAGGCAGAAAGAGGGUACUAGUAAGAUACAGGGAAUAAACAGCACUCUUAACAGUAUUUAAAAAAAUAAAUUACUCUUAUGGUUUACCUA